AUGCGAUUUCGAAAUGUAGUACUGGUGGUGUUAGCCGUUGUGCUUGUCAUGGGAGCAGACGGCGCUCGAGACAGAAGCCGUAAGAAGAAUCGUGAUAAGGGGAAGUCCGCUGAAACCGAAAGCGCUAUAGACGACGAGAGCAGAAGAGGCUUCGGCGAAUCUGAAGGACUAUCGGAAAAAGCUCGCGAAAGGAACAGAGAACGAGAAAGAGAGCGUGAGCGCGGCAUGGAAACAGGAGCAAAGGAGAAAGAGGAGGAGAGCAGUGAAGAAAAAGACGACGAUAAGAAGGAGAAGAACGCCACCGAUGCCAAGGAAAUCGUAGUGCUCGAGGUUGAUACUAUAACUAUAGGAGAGAGUGUUAUGUUGUUUGCGAAUAUUGUUGUUAAGGCUCGAUUACGUAGAUCCAGAGAGUUUGAUGAGAACGCUAAGUACGGCAGGAGGAGAAGCAUCUCGAACAAGAACGAUGGCAACAUGCAACUUCAUAGAAAAUCUACAGAGCUCAAUGACGGCAAACACAUUCCGUUGGAUGAGGUGCAGGAUAAACGACACCACAUCAAACACAGAGGUCGCAGAACUUUGGAACAUGGUGAAGUGCAGGAGCUUGACUACGGUAAACAGGAGCCUCUUAAUAGGAAUGAAUCACAUUCGAGACAAAGGUUACGCAGAACACUGGAACUCGUGAAAACACAAGAGGUCAAUGACGGUGAACAAAAACCACUCGAUAAUAGGCCUUCACAAACACAUCAAAGGUUACGCAGAACGCUGGAUCUCGUGAAGACACAAGAGAUAAACGACGGUGAGCAGAAACCACUCGAUAACAGGCCUUCACAAACACAUCAAAGGCUACGCAGAACGUUGGAACUCGUGAAGACACAAGAGAUAAACGACGGUGAACAGAAACCAUUGGAUAAGAGGCCUUCACAGACACAUCAAAGAUUACGUAGAACACUGGAACAGCUUCCCAAAGCUCGGGAACUCAACGAUGGUGAACAGAAACCUCUCGAUAAGAGACCUACCCAGUCUGAACAAAGAUCACGCAGAACAUUGGAGCUGGUUAAAGCUGUUGAGAUCAACGAUGGUGAAGAAAUGCCUCUUGAGAAAAGACCUACGCAAACACAUCAACAUCGCGUUAGACGCUGGCCCGGACCCGGAAAGCAAACACACCAUGGGCGAGCCCAUAAGAAACUAAGAGUUCGCGAAAAGAAAAAGACCAUGCCUGUUGUGAGACAGCACAGAGUAAUGAGGAUCCGCAGGGCGGAAAGGGAAGAGCACAACAAGGAAGAGGAAAAGAAGCAUCAGACGCAGCUGAGGAAGGAUUCGAGCUCAUCACAGUCACAGGAGGAGACGAAACAGAGAAGAGUCAGAUCAUUGGUCACUCGUGAGCUGAUUCCUAAAGGUUAUCCGCCUUACGAGACGCAGUCUGAGGAAACGAUGGAGCGAGACAAAACCCUUAAGAGCCUUUAUCCUUCUCAAUUCUUCUAA